CAGCUGCUCACAUAACAAAAACAAAAAUGCCGUAGAUUAAAGAAAAAGAGACAAAACAAUAAAGGUUUUCUCCGGGGAGUAAACGAGCGAUUCGUGAGCCCGAGAAGCGUCUUGGUUUUAGUUUAUUUACCGCCAAAAUUGCGAAAAGCGCGUAGGAUAUGGGAUUUUCAUUUAAAUUGUAACAAUGGCCGAUAAUAGCAAGGAUACCUGUUUGAAUGCAUUCAUAGUUGAGAGCAAAGCACGGCUGAGGAAAAUUUUGGAACGCCUUGAAUGGAGUGUAUGUAGAAAAUUUUUCUUACAGAUUAUUGUACAGGGCACGGAUUCGGAGGAUGCCACACAAAACGACAUUCAUGUGGACUUUGACUCGGAACCAGAGUUUCCUCCAAGCUAUGCUAAUGGCAAUUUCAUAAAAACCGAUGUUGCAGAAUUACGUAAAAUCGUAAAUGACGAAAGCAUAGAAGUUCCGAGAAGAUUCUCAGAUUUGCAGCUGAAUUUUAAACGGCAGCAGAAGCUCGCCAUUUACGAGCAUGUUGUGGCUAACACAGAGAAAUGCUCCGAGCUAGCAUUAAAUGUUCCGGCAUUGAAUGAAGGUUCACUAACGUUUGCUGAAAUUGUAGCGCAAAAGAAACGUGAAACGAAAAAACGCCGGCGGUAUCGAAAGAGUAAGCCAACGCAUAUUGAAGAGGUGCGCGCUGUUUUAGAUCUACAAAUGCAAGCAUUGCAACAGUAUCUUAAAACAAAAUCUGGAGAGGAGCGUAGAAUUAAACCGGAAAUGUAUAAAGGACAUAAGCGAAGAUCUAUAGAAAAGUACGAAAGAUUGAGUAAACGAGCAAUUCGUGAGCCCGAGAAGCAUUAUAAUUACCACAAAAGUAGAAGUAGGAGCGCUGACCCCAAAAGUUCAAAGAAAAGUAGACAUAGAAGUCGCAGUCCUACCAGAAGUCACAAGAAUGAAAAGCAUGCCCGCGAUCGUAGCAGUAGUACGAAAAGAAAGAAACAUAAACAUCGCAGUAGAAGCCAUAGCAAAAGGAAAAGUCUCAAGGGAACGAUCCGUAAUAGAAGCAUCAAAAAGAAAAGUCACAAACGGCGGAGUAGAAGUUAUAGGCGAGGCCAUCAUAGAAGAGAAGGAGAUUAUCCCGAGAGUCCCAAAGUCGGGCUGUAAGCCAGGAAAGCGAAUACUUCUACUACAUACUUGAGUGUAAAAACUAAACGCGAGCAGGA